AGUCUCUGUAACGUGUCAGCAGGCUGUCACCGCACUGGUGUCACUCCAUCCGCCGGCUGUUGCCGCUUCAUACAUCGGUAGUACAGCUGACCCCGACGUUAUCUCUGAAAAUGGCCAAAAAGCGGAGGGAAAGACGAGAGACCGACGGGUUGUCCGCGGCACAGGAGGAGGUGAAGGCGAAUGCCAGUGACUCGCAAGUACUGAAAGAGGCUCAACACAAUGCUGGGGGCUCAGCACGCAUGUCUCUCCUGAUUCUGGUUUCUAUCUUCACCUGCUCUGCCUCAGUCAUGUACCUGGUCUACAGGAACUUCCCAGAGCUUCCUGAUGAUGAAAUGGAGAAAAUCAAGAUCCCUAAAGACAUGGAUGAUGCCAAAGCUUUGGGAACUGUAUUGUCCAAAUACAAAGACACCUACUACACCCAAGUCUUGGUGGCCUACUUUGCAACAUAUGUUUUCCUCCAGACGUUUGCAAUCCCUGGAUCAAUCUUCCUCAGCAUCCUGUCUGGAUAUCUCUACCCUUUCCCCUUGGCUCUUUUCUUAGUCUGCUUGUGCUCUGGCCUGGGUGCCUCCUUUUGCUAUAUGCUGUCAUAUCUGGUGGGCAGACCCAUGGUGUAUAAAUAUCUCACAGAGAGAGCACAGAAAUGGUCCCAGCAGGUUGACAAACAUAGAGACCAUUUAAUCAAUUACAUCAUCUUCCUGAGGAUAACCCCCUUUCUCCCCAACUGGUUCAUCAACAUCACCUCACCUGUCAUCAAUGUGCCUUUGGGGGUUUUCUUCAUAGGUACUUUUCUCGGAGUGGCACCACCGUCCUUUGUAGCGAUCAACGCAGGUACAACACUGUACAAACUGACCACAGCUGGCGAGGCCGUCUCCUGGAAUUCUCUGGCUGUGCUCGGUGUUCUUGCCGUGCUCUCGAUCUUGCCCGUCUGCUUCCAGAAAAAGCUGCAGCAGAAACUAGAGUAGAACACUGUAAACACCUCAGAACCUCAUCUGCUGAUUGAUCCCAACAUCCCCUUCCCUCGGCUCAGGAACAUGCAGAUGUCACUCAAGUUGCUGCUGCUGCUGGGGCUGGUGUGGUGCUGGUGGGAGAAACUCUUACCACUGGCACAACAAGCACUCAUUGACCUCAGAAUGCAUGCAGUGGUGGGUUGUUCCUGAUGUUAAGUAAAGUAUAAACUGGCUGCUGCUUGCACAAGUUUUUUGGUUUCUGUGAACUAUGUUGUUGAUUGUGGCACAUCUUGUAAAUAAGAGAAAUUGUGUUUUUUGUUUUUAUUAAAUCACUGCUCAUUAUCGCAUAAUUCUUGGCAGACAAUUAAAGGUGCUACUUGUAGGAUGUUGAAGUAAAAUACCUUAUUCUGAUACUUGGAUUUUUUAAAAAUGCAGCUACCAGUUGUUUCAUAUGGCCUACUUUUCAUGAGGAAAACACUCUAGCUCUUUUCUUCCUAGAAACCGCAAUGUAAUAAAUAAAUAAAUUAAAGCAAUGUCAUCAGUACCUUCCUCAGGCCAUUUCAAACAUCUGUUUUUUUCCCCCUUUGGCAGUAGCUUUUCAAUCACUACAUCCUAUUUGUAGCACCUUUAAGUUCCACUCCCAUAUUUGAUAUUUAUUUUAACAUGAUUGUGUCUAAUUUUAGCCUAAUGAACUGUACCACCACAGCAAUAAUAGUCACACUACUGUUGAAAGUGCAUUUUUGUUCUUAAAGUCAAUUUCGAUACCUGGUGCUUGCCUUGGCAAAUGUAUGCAGUGAGGAAAGGGUGAAACUGCAGGGAAGAAAAAUGCAGUGGCUGACCUUAGUAAGUGCUACUUUUGCUGACAUGUGGGUUGUUUCCCAUGUUCUUCUUUGAAAGGUGCCUGAAUCCACUGCCACACAACCCCUUUUUUUAGUUUCACCUGUUUUCUCUUCAUAUUGGGAGCCUAAAGCAGCUUUUUGCUACUGUACCGUGUAAAGAAUGGACAAAGCUGAUGUACUGUUUCCUUACAGGACAUCGGGACUGCAAAAUGCCAAACACGAACCUUUGCCCAAUUCAAAUUGCUAUUUUUAAUUAAGUGAGUAUGGGUCCUGUCGACACAACUGAUUAAUGUGUGGUAAGAUGCACACGAUCCAGAACAGUUGGUGAAAAGCCUAAAAACAGAUUCAUGUUGGUCUGUCAAUUUGGGUUAGAUGGGCUCUCAGCUCAGGUUUUGCAUAUAGUGAUAAUGAUGUACACACUUGUAGGUGUGUACUCAGAUUAUGUUUGGUUGUCUCUGCCCCAUGAUAUUGUUUGCUAUGGCAGUAUAGACCUGGAGAUGUCCAUGCUGUGGAUGAUGCGCCAGUGUCCUCAAUAAGACUGUCAACAGACUGAGGUAUCCAAGCCUUACUUUGCUCCUACUGCUUGCAUUCUUUCGCCAUGAAAAUCCUGGUAUGUUGCCUUUGUGUUCUUUGAAUGGUUUUGAAUGGCUAAUUUUCUCCUGUGCUAUAAAAGCUUACUGAUUCUUUUCA